AUUUCUCGCGGAGAAAAAUCAAUGAAAUGAGACCAGACUGACAGCUGUGUAAAUUCUAUGAAUACCGUUCAUAUUUGCCGCUAGGGGUCACCAUAACAAAAGUGCCAUCUCUGAUGUCAUACACCAUUUAUCACGUGGGUACCAGAAAUAGGUCUCGAACAUGGCCGAGUGUUGUUGUGAAGGAGCAAGAAUGAGCAGGUUAUCGCUCUGCUAGAUAAACCACUUUUGGAUUUGGUUAAACUGUCAACAUUCUAAGGUCAUGGAAAAAAUUGUUCACAGAUGCCGGCCUGUGUGAGAUGAUAAUAUAAUACUAGCUGACAUUGUGUUGAUGGGGUCACGUUGAAGGAGUCGGCCACAUAGAUUAAACUGGGCAUACACAGACCAAGAGGGAAACUGGAACAUCGAUGGGAGAGGAAGCUGAAAGCUGAAAGGCAGAGGAAUGUGGAAAAGUGGUUUAAUCUUCUUAUUAUCUAGAUAAUGUCGGAGGCGAUCAGCAGGAGUUGAACUGUUCCGACUGACUAUGGCAGACAUAACCUGACUGCUUCCUUAUAGCCAGCCCUAGACAGCUGCCGCCCUCAUCAUAUGGCCCGUCUCCAUCCCUCGGGGGCUGAUCCAGCCAGGGGACAACAUGACCAUCAAAUAUGGGUUAAAGCAGCAUCCAUUAGGUUCUACCACAAUGUCGUUGGAUUAUUCAAAGAUUAAUAUUGUUAUUUAUGUAUAAAAACUGGAUUUAAUGUGAGAUUAUUUCGCUGGAUGUGUUUUACCGACCGUUAUCUUUCUGUGAAAGAUAUUGGAAUAUUUUAUCAUUAUUUUUAACCAAUGGAAGUAUUUAAAGUAAUAUAUGUGAAUUGGUGUGAUAUUGAAAAUUGAAGGGUUUACUACUUAAAGACUGAUUAUGUCACAGGCCAAUAGUGUAUCGGUGGACAAUGUCCGUCACAGGUCAGCGCGGGCGGUGGAGUACUAUAAACAGCGCGUGUUACCAAUCUACCAGGAUAAAAGGGACCAUUCCCCGUCAUCCCGCCAAAGGCACCACUAUGGGUCAGAAGAUAACCUGAACGGACUCAACACAUCGGGUGAGUUCAAGGGAGGUGCCGGGGACAAGGACAGACGUGUAGGAUUCAAGGACACAGGUGACGUUGUCCCACACAAUGGCGAGAGGUUGCUCGUUAGGGGUGGUCACCGCGCCACAUUUCACGGCACACAGUCAGGUUCAUCAUGGAAUAAAGGCAAUAGUAGAAGCGAAACAUCAACGAGGGGAAAUAACUCUCAUUCGAAGUCUGUCCCAAAGCCAAAACAGACUCCAGAAAGCAGCGUAAUGAGUAGUAGUGUUAGCAGUGGUAGUUCUUCAUCAAAGCGAUUCAGUCGGGGACUUUAUCGCAGCAAUAGUAAUCUGGAGAUGGAUAGCAUCGAGUAUAUUGAUGCUGACGAUGUGCACAAUCGUAGUAUACACCGGGACUAUGGGAGUACCUCUUCUCUCGAUAUCAUGGGCACAAGUACGAGUAGUGACAGUUUCUUUGCAAUGUUAAAAGACUUCAAGGAUGUGAAUAUAGAUCAACGUAGUCCCGCUCCAGCCAAAUUGAGUGAGUUAUUACGGGGCGGGUUUGAUGUGAAGGCCAACAGCAUCAGAGACCGACAUUUCGAAAAGGCUACAAAUGGAAGUGUUCCGAUUGAUAAAGUGGUCGGGGAGGAUGAAGUGGACAGUCCUAGAACAAAAUCAAAAUUCAAACACAAGGACAGGAAAUCAAGGGCAAAGUCUAUCACUGCAGAAACAAGACCACAGGGUCUGCUUAACAAACUCCGUGGUAAAACCGAGGUAGAGUCUGGAGCAAGGACUCCAGAAAACAUUGACACUGACCUACGUGCUGAGGAAAGGCUACGAUGCAAGGCCAUUAACCACUACGACUGUCAGAGUCUGGGGUUCAGCAUUCAGGACGUGGUGGACAAGCAGCACCAGGCUCUUACAGCCAAAAACAUAUCAACAGGAGCCUCCGCUGCUUCUGCAAAUCGCAACAGUUUAGCCGCUGACAAAGAUGCGCCAGACAUUUUGGAAGACACUGACGACGGUGACAAUAAAAGCAAUGGCCUCGUUUUGAGUUGUUCGUUUUUCCGUAAUGAGACUGGAGGCGAGGAGGAAAGAACGAUAAGUCUAGGAAAGACUACUGUGUCGAAAACCCCCUCUCUGAACACGUCCCAAAGUGCAAUAAGUACCAUACCAAGUCGCUCUCCAGCCUGUUGUGGCUUAUCAAUACUCGACUCUGCCCCAACACCUACUGGACUAAUACUUCCCCACGUAGUGUUACACAGGGGUCAUGUGAUAGAAGGAGACGACCGUGGGGCCACCUACUAUCGUCACUUUUUCUACGGCUACGACCACCAGAACUACUUCGGAAUAGACGAGAACCUCGGUCCAGUUGCAGUCAGUCUGCGGAGGGAAAAGUUGGAUGACCGAGAAAACAACCUAGGAAAGGCUGAAUAUGGCCAGUACCACUACAGAAUCAUCUUCAGAACCAGUCAGUUGACCACCUUGCGAGGGUCAAUCCUUGAGGAUGCCAUUCCGUCGUCAGGGGGUCGGCUGAACAGCUCCCGUGGGGUUCCUGUCAAAGAUAUCCUGGAUUUCGCCUUACCAGAGCUCCAGGCUUCCUGUCUUAAACAAUCUCUUUCUAGUCAGAAAACAUCCGACCAGCUCCUCAGGCUGGAUGAACAAGGGGUGUCGAAAACGUACAAAAUCGGAGUAAUGUAUUGUAGAAGUGGGCAGUCCACGGAGGAGGAAAUGUACAGCAAUGAACACUCUGGACCAGCAUUCGAGGAAUUUUUGAAUUGUAUAGCCCAGAAAGUGAGAUUAAAAGGUUUAGAGAAAUAUAGGGCCCAAUUAGACAACAAAACCGAUUCUACAGGAACGCAUUCCUAUUAUGCUACCUUUAGUAACUGUGAGAUCAUGUUCCAUGUGUCGACUCUCCUCCCCUACACAGCUAGUAAUAAACAACAGUUGCUACGCAAACGCCACAUAGGAAACGAUAUUGUAACCAUUGUAUUUCAAGAACCUGGAGCAUUGCCAUUUACGCCAAAAGUGGUGCGGUCCCAGUUCCAGCAUGCCUUUAUCAUUGUCCGCUGUCACAAUCCUUGUACAGAAAAUGUCCAUUACAGUGUUGCUGUUAGUCGUUCCAAAGAUGUCCCGCCCUUUGGUCCCCAUAUACCAGAAAAUGCCUUCUUUAGUAAAUCCCAAGAUUUCGCCGACUUUUUGUUGGCAAAAUUGAUAAACGCUGAACAUGCUGCCCACAAGUCUGAGAAGUUCCUGGCGAUGGCAACCAGGACCCGGACAGAAUACCUCAAAGAUUUAGCCCUCAAUCAUGUCACGUCCAACGCUCCCGACACCGGGUCCAAACUCAGUAAGUUUGGACUUGGCAGUGGUAAGAAGAAGGAGAAGAGUAAACAGAAAGUCAUCCCCGACAUGUUCUCUAGUGGCGCCAUCUCCUGGAGUAUUGUUGCAGAAGACUUUGGACAGUCCACCCAGGUAGACGGUAUCCUUGGUAUCUCUGACGAGGUGCUGGUCAUCACAGAAGAGAGCAGUAAGCUGGUCAUCUUUACUGUCCACUGUGGAGCCAUCAUAGGCUGGACAUCUCAGGCCACAAGUGUGAAAGUUUUCUACAAUCAAGGAGAGAGUGUGCUGUUCAAACCUCAGAGUGGAGAGAUGGAAGAAAUUAGUGAGAUCUGUACGAGACUGUCUGCUGUCUCACAAGGCUGUGAGACGUUAGACAUGACAUUACGUCGGAACGGUCUCGGCCAGCUCGGCUUCCACAUACAGACGGAGGGCAUUGUCACUGAUGUGGAGGCCCGCGGGUUUGCCUGGGAGGCGGGGCUUAGGAAGGGCAGUCGAUUAGUGGAAAUCUGUAAGAUAUCCUCGGCGACAUUGAUCCACGAACAGAUGGUUGACCUUUUGAGGACUUCAGUCACGGUCAAGGUCGUUGUUAUACAUCCACUUGAGGAUGGAACCCCCAGGGGUGUUGCUACACUUCACACUAACUGCCACUACUCCUCCCUGACCACCCUCAAUGCUGCCAUGCAAGCCAAUGAGCAUGUGCAGCAACGUCAGAAAGAGGCUUUGACAAACUUCAGCAAGUCCACAGAGUACAUUCCAAAAACAGGACGAGAAACACCAACGAGAAAAUCGGCAAACUCUGACGAUUUUCUGUUCACUUUUCCGGACAUCUCACCAAUCAAUUUAGCAGGGUCAUUGGACCAUCUGCACUUGCGAGGAGAGGCCUCCAAGAUUAUUUCAACUGUGACGGAGCAUAACUUGCUUCACCAGAGGGAGCUGUCGCGAGUUUCAACAAGCUCAAGUGAGUCUUACCACCUGCGUGAAAUGUCACUGUCCACUGAUGCUGUUGCCAAGGAACAAAGACGAGAAUCACACAUUUCCACCAGCUCUAACGAGCAAGGGCCUGCCAGCCCGCCAGUCCAUAUAGAAAAUACCAAACUGAUAUACGAGACGCAGAGGGGCUGCCUCACCCUACCCCUACAAAAAAAGUCGACACAGUCUAGAGGCGACAUGCGAGCGUCCCCGCUGAAGGGUCUCAGCCCCCAGUACCGCGAGUUCCGACAGGGUAUCUCCAACUUAAGUGCUACCCCCGCAGUGUUGCACCACGCCUUCACAGAACCCAUCCUGUCCAAGUCCUCCAUAGAUGAGGGUUAUGGCACGUCACGUCAUAGCUCGGACCUGGUGUCAACACGCUCUGACGACAUUCGACACGAACGUACAGGGUCCAAGGACAAUGGGGAUUAUGCUCUGAUUGGUGCUAGUGCAAAACAGUGGAGUUCUUCAACAAGGCAAAACCAGGGUUUGUCCCGGAGAUGGAAUGAAUCAAACUCCAGUGGAGACUCGAGCAAUUACGGGGGCAGUUACAUACACUUAUCGGACAGUUCUCCCAGUGUGACCCCAGGACUUAACUCAUCACAAGGUCAAGGGCAGAGCAACGCCACCUAUCAGCAGCCAAGAAAGACUUCAGCACCAUCCGACAUUGAUACUGCUGUAGCAGCGGUAAAACAUGGCAACAUUUCUCUGGAGCUGCUGAAACAAUCACAGAACACUAAGUAUUUGUUAAGUCAGGGUCCGGGAGGGGUCAGUCAGCCUGACCGCAGUACUGCUAAUUCUCAGAGCUCCAGUGUUAACCUCAGUGACACGUCCUUCUCGAGUGGGUCAAGCCACAACUCCGCCAACGCCCUACUUAACAACCGAGGUCAAGGUCAAGUUUCAACUGACCAUACGGCUGCAGGGUAUAGCAAGGUGUCAUUGGAGGACACGAGCAGGAAAAGGGCAGAUUCUGCCUCUACCAAUAAUAAAGGCCGGCCGGCAGGGCUGUUACAGGGUCGUCAUCAUUCACCCCUCAGUAGUGAGAACAGUAGUCCCAGAUCAUCUCGCAGAAAUCUCUCAGGAAUGUCUUCAGAAGAAUCUCUAAACACGCGUCUACGACCAGGUGUAACAACCAAAAUGAUACGAACACAGGCUACCAACAACCUGGAGGAGGAGCUCAUGAGACUUAUUGACCCAGACAUCACAAACACAGAGCUACGAGGCGUCAUGUUGAAUGCGGGUGUGAAGCCGAAGACUGCCAAGCUGAAGCGAACCAUGUCAGAGGAGAGCUUGCACAGUGUCAAGGGGGCGACCCUGUCUAGUUCCCUAGACAACAACCUGGCCGACGUCAUCUUCUCUUCCACCACACCCUCCUACAAACAGGACAAGGCUCGCAGGUUGUCACCAGGCUCAAGCUCCACGCUAGACAGUCUGACCAAGACUGCGGUCAAACCUGGACCUAAUGUCCCCCUGCCAGAUUCCACUGCCGGUCUGGAGUGGUCAAGCCUGGUCAAUGUGGCCACUAAAGCCAUAGAAGGAACAGGAACAGAAGGGAAAGGUGUGAAAGCCAAGGUGUCACCUACUGUCGAUGUUAAGGAGGAAAAGACGACAAAGGACCCAGUAAAGAAAUCCGUCCUCGCUUCCACCAACUGUCCUACCAACUACAGCACCAACACCCCAGUAUGGAGACCUGUGGUUGCCAACCCUCAGCAGAGAAUAACCGAGCUAGAGGGGAAGGUGGCACAGCUAGAACAGGACCUCAAUAAGGAGAGACAGGAAAAUGCAGCAUUGGAAGCCGAGGUACAGGAAUUGAAACAUGAAAACGUCCGUCUACAGGAGGAGUCGCAGACCGCUGCCGCUCAGCUACGCAAGUUUACCGAGUGGUUCUUCAACACAAUAGACAGGCAGAAUCCCUGAGGGUAGAGCUUGGAGGGACAGACCAAAUAUUGAGACACUGAUGAACUUGGCACUAAAGAAAAAACGGACAGAGUUUCAGCUUGUAUGCGAUAAUGACUGAAUCAGAUCUGUUGUAAUUGAAGGAGGAAGAAUCUUUCGAUUCGGCAGAAGCAACUUAUAGUGGUCGAAGGUAGUUCAUCAGGAUGGAUUAGUCAGUUAUAUUUCAGUUCUUGAAUACCUCUGCAUCUGGUAAACAGGUUUUCACAGAUCAUCAGAGUGAAUGUAAACGAGAUUCAACUGUACUGUGAAUUCUCUGCUUUACGAAAACAUGUUCAUCACAGGUUAACAAUGUCAUCUUUCAAAAUGACAAGGACCUCCUAAAUGAUUCUCGACUUCCCAAGAUAAGACAGAGUCAGUGUUAAAGGAUACCUAUCUGUGUCGGUAGAUAACAGGUACCAAUUUUGACAGAGUCAUUGUUUAUUUAAUUAUUGAUUCCAACAUCCUUGUGGUAAUAUAUUGGUAAAAUGGCAGCUGUAUUAGAGGGGUAUCAAGUCAGGUGAAAUAAAGAUUUGCUUUGUAGUUUGGUGUAAGGGAGGUAACUCUGUAGAGAUGUAGCUACAACUACAACCCCACAGAUAAAUGCUUCUUAAGUUGACAACUUUCAUUUUAUGAAAAAUAUCAAUAACAUUGUAAUGCAGAUACCAAAAGUUACUUAGUAUUUGCAAAUACCUAUAUUUUCAUGGCUGUAUUUUCGAAAGGUUUAAUCACAAGAAUUAUUUUUCGGGAAAGGAACGGCAAUAACUAUCAGUUUCUGGUGAUAUACUUGGAUUAUUAUUGACCCUAGAUCUCUUUGUGAAAUAAUGUGAAAAGGUUUACAGCAAAGUAUCUGUGAUUCGUCUAUGUCUACAUUUAAGGUAUUUUAUCUUUGUUAUGCCCCCCCCCCCCCUCUCCAAUCAUUUUAAGGGGGGGGCAUAUAGUGUCACCCAUGUCUAUCCCGUCACAGAUUAGGUCAAACUUUAUAAUAAGGGUUGGGUUCCAGUAUAACAGAAAUGAGGUCCCAAGGUCAAGGCUAAGGUCACUGUAACUAUUGUUACUAUUUUGAAGUAUUAUUCAAACGGUGACACUUAUUUGCUUUGGAGCAUGCAUGGGCAUUCCUGUAGUUAUGUAGUUUUUUGAAAAUAAUUUGGAAGAUUCAUCUCCCAGAAAAUUCCACUGCCAUUUUUUUGUUAAGACAAUGAACAAAAUGGUGCCACAAAAUCUAUUUCAUCUGAAAAACUUGUCAUAAAAUAAGUCUGUAGAAAUAAACAUUCAGUAUUCAGCAAUUUUCAUUCCAUAUGCGUUUUGUUCAUAAUGAUGCUUUUAUUGGCAUCAGGAAAAUUGGAUGAAAAGAGGUAUAAGGAGGCUUGAAAUGUAGAUUUACUCAUUCACCCCUGAAGGCACAUUUGAACUCCUCCAAUUCGAAGAUUAGAAUAGUUCAUUAUGAAAUUUCAGGGAUGAAUGAGUUAAAUAGGGACAAAAUGGAAGUUCUUCUGUUGCUGUAUUACCAGUAUAUUAUUUCAGUGAUGGGAAUAUGUUCAUGGAGUAUAAGGAAAAAACAAGAAACCAUGAGAUUUCACCGAAAUAAUGCUUAAACAAAAGUUUGAAACUGAUCUGGGAAAUAUGACAAGUUCUUCUGGGUCAAGUUUAAGUUUGAAUAUAAAAACAUUGAAAAUUGUUGAAAGAAAUAAUUGAAAUAUAUUAUUGGUCACAGGUAGUUUUAUAAUCGUGUGACAGUUACUCUUUUAACAAUCAUUUUGUACCUCACGUUGAGUGACCAUUUUUAACAGCGUCUACAACCAUGUCAAAUGUAUAUGCCAAUUAUUGACAAUAAUAUUAUCCAUGUUUAUUGUUGUUGUUAUUGUCGUUGAUGGUACAUGUACUUAAAAACCAUAACAACAAGUACUUACCAGGUAAGCCCUAAAAACCAUGCCAAUAUGUGUAUCAAUACUAUAUACAACAUAAGAUCCCGUAAUAAAUGAAUAUGUGUUAAACAUGCUAAAUGAUAUUUGUUUUGAGACUUCACAGAAGCAACCAUGUGCAUCUACGGAUGAUGGAACGUCAACAAGAAAGAUAGCCUUUUAAGGCUUGAAGGAAAGUUGAGGAACAAAGUAUUUAUUUUAAUGUCAAAACUUAAUAAUGUGCCACUCAACUUUGUUAUACAUUUUUUAACCAAAUUUUCAUUCAUAUAUCAAAAAAAAAAUAUAUGUUAGAAAAAUAAACAUCGGUACACUCUGAUAACAGAUUGAUUGAGUAAAUAUUUUCUGAAUGGUAUGAAGAAUUUAUCAAUACAAUGUUAUAACUCAUUCACCCCUGAAAUUUCAUAAUA